GCCUUGUACGUUGGGAAAAGAUUUCGGUUUUUUUUUUUUGUUUGUUCAUUUAUAAAGCAAAACUUUACUCAAAUUUUCUUUUUUCAAAUAAAAAAAGAGCAUCAUGCACUUAAAAAAUAAUUAAACCUAAAACAUAGAGUUUAUGUAUUUUAAUUACAUAAUAUUUUUUCAUGUAAUUUUACCACAUCCUUUAAAUGUAAAAGGUCAUAUUUAAUGCUAUGUUUUUCUAUCAUGUUGAGUCUGUGUGAUUAAAUUAAAUCAUGUCAGCUUUGUUUAAAUUAAGUUAGUGUAAACUAAACCAUAUGUGUUCAUUAUGUAUAAAGUUGAGGGGAAUUCUUACAUUAACAUUACAUGUUUAUUCAAGAAUUAUAAUUCUUGAAUAAGUGGGUGUUGUAGUUCAAUCAUCACUUAAAGGGUAAUGAUGGCAGUAGUACUUAGUAUUUAGUAGUAGAAGCUACUACAAGCACACACUCACAACAUGCGUCAGAGCCAGUCUAACAUGCGUCAGAGCCAGUCUAGUUAAGGUAAUGGAGCAUGUGGGUUUUAAUUGAAAAUGGUUUUGAUGACACCUCCAUCUGAGCUCUCCACUACAAACACCUAGUACCCAUCCCUGACGGCUGUGGACUGACAGAUCACCAUAAAAUGGCUGAGUGGUUUAAUGGGACAGUGUUCAUGGAGUUUCUGUGGCCAGAGGCAGAGAAGUGGCUGCUGGUGGCUGUGCUGGGACUAGAGAUGGUCAUGGGAAUAGUGGGAAACUGUCUUGUUCUGCUGGUCAAAGUCAUGUGCAGGGGUCAGUUCUGCUGUCGUAACUGGCUUCCUUUCAUCAGUCUCACCUUGUCAGAUUUAGGAUGCUCCUUUCUCAUCAUCUCUGGCUCCCUCCUUGCCAUGCUGACAGGAGGUCAGAGAUCGCCAUGGUGUGAGGUCGUAAGCCUGCUGAAGUUUGCCUUCAUCACCUCCUCCAUAGGGAGUAUAGCUAUCCUCUGUGUGCAGCGGGUGAUUGGCAGGUCCUCAGGAGGAAAAGCUCUCUUUGUUGUCAUGGUGACAGCCUGCUUGGCCUCUUGGGUGACAGGGGUGGUGUUUGGGAGCGUUCCUGUUGUCUAUACCUGGAUCAGGUAUGACAGUGCAGAGAUGCUGUGUGCUGUCUUUUGGGAGAACAGCUACUCAGACAUGUUGGUCUACAUUCUCUGUGCUUUCUCCAUCUGUAUCUUCCUCCCCUUCCUCCUCAUCGUCUUCUGCUCUCUGCUGAGUGCCACGAGCUGCUGCUCAAACAGCAACAGUGAUGAUGAAGAAGAUCUGUCUACAGUUACUCCUCUGCUAGUGGCAUCCUACAUCUUCUGCUACACUCCCUUUGUUGUGUCUGAGCUAAUCCUAUUAGGGAGGCUGGACCUGUCACCUGCACCUAAUUGGUUAAGGACGUUGUCAUCGGUGAUGUCAUACCUGGACUGUGGUCUGAACCCUCUCAUCUACUGCUCCCACCAGGACUUCAGGGAGGCAGGCCUGGCCCUGCUGUGGACCAACAGGAAACCACCGUCAGAGCCUGUCCUCACAGCUAUCACUAAACAUGAGCUGUAAACAUGUGAGGGGAUCAGGAGAGGAACCCAUUGAUAGAUCUCACAAAUACGUCUUUGUUAUCCUUACAAUAUAUAAUAUUAAAUCCAUUGCUUUUUAUUUCUCUCUCUGUUUAAUGUGAUAACAGUAAAGAAAUAUACACUCUAACUCUAACUUUCAACUUCAGUUUUUGAAACAAGGAUGUUCUCUGCAGUAAAAUUCAUUCGUAUUCAGGUUUACUGUACGGACACUACGUUGUAUCAGAGGUUCCUUUAUG